UCAUUGUCUGAAAGUUUUCAAAAUGGUGGAUGUUUAGCUUAUAUGUCACUGAUUGUUGCCAUCUGACUGUUUCGAUUUGAGAGAAAAACAUACAUAAUUUGAACGUGAUAUUGGAAAUAAAAAUUGAGAAUGGAUUUCUGAUAUUGUUGCUAAAUUGAAAUCAUGUGUGAUACAUGUUCUGAUUUCAUUCAGCUUCUUGUUUCAUAUGAAACAAAAGUUUGCAGAGAAGCUAAUGAACUUCCACUUUUGUAUUCUAAAGAUAUAGAGGUCGUCAAUUCAUAUGUUCAGGCUUGGACUACAAGGCAAUGUAUGUGUUGCUAUAGAGAUUCAAAAAAUCUGGAACGAUUCAGUUAUGUAACUCAAGGACUGAUUUAUCAAGCAGUAUGUUGCUGCAAAUCUCUAGCAGAAAAAGGGUCGGAGUCCACCACUACAAGACAAGAUGCAAAGGACGAAGAAAAGGAAGACGAAAUUCAAGAUACAGACAAAUUAUUGAAUUUGAUCUCUAAAAUCUUUCUGUUGAAUUUUCCUCUAUAUGUUGCAUAUAAACAUACGAUUCAAACAAAAAUAGAUGAAAUCACACAACAAGAACUACAAAAUUUAAAUUUGUUCUGCGAUAUGCAUGACUCUGAAAUCCCGAUAUAUUUGCUGAAAAAUGUAAGCUGGUUCUGUAAAAUUGGUGGUCUUUUAGCCAUGACCAGUUGUUUUACAAUGCUUACUCCCGAUCUACUACCAGUAACUACCGCUCAUGCAAUGAUUUCAGUAGUAUGUAAUUUAAAACUGUGGUUGAACUACAAAAGUAUGGUUACCAUGCUAGUGCCCUUACGAUCAUGCGUUCUGCGCUACAUGUGUAAACUAUCUGAUCGUGAUCUAAGGACACCAACUAUAAAAAGUAUGGCAGAUUUUAUGUGGAAUGCUAUCAAAGACCCUCUAGACACACCUGUAGCAUUUGAUGUUGAUGGGCUAGAUUUGGCAUUCAAAUAUUUUACAUCAAGCACUUUAACAAUGAGGUUAGCAGGCAUAACUCAAAUAAAUAAUCAGAUUGGCGUUUUGGCUGAGAUUUGUGUGGGAGAAGCGAUGCCCGAAGCUGAAGCAGCACCAAGACAUAUGGCAGAUUGGCUUAUAGCAAAUAACAUCAUCUCACACAUAUUUGGACCUAAUUUACAUGUAGAGGUGAUUAAACAAAGUCAUAUCAUCCUCAAUUUUCUUGCCAUGGAAGGUAGAAUAACAUGUGCACAUAUGGAUGUGAUUUGGGCUGCUGCUCAGCUGAAACAUUGCGCAAAGCCAGUUCAUGAUUUAUUGCCUGGUUUGGUAAAGCAUCUUUCAGCUGCACCAACACUUCAUCUAUAUAACCUCUUGACGAAAUUGGAACCAAAGGAUCACACUGAGCAGACCUUGUUCCUUGCUUCUGUAUUAAUAAAGGCAGUAUGGACUCGCGGGGGAACGACUGUACCAGAAGGUGGUCUGAUCAAUUUGGCGGCAGAAAAUGCAGGAAUUACUUCAUAUAAAUGCGCCACAUCUUCCGAGAAUAGUGUUAGCCUUGAAGGCAGCAACUCUGAAGAGGAUCAUGGCGAUAGUACAGGUCAGUCAGAAAGUCACAAGUCUGAUAGUGAGUACUUGGGUGGUGUUGAUAUAGAGGAAGAUACCCCUGAUGGUACAGCUCCACCUCCAUGUAAAAUACCUAGGAAACAUUUGAGAAGGAGAUCCCGUUGUAUAGCUAGCAGCUCCGAUCCGGAAUUAGAUGGCAUUCCUAUUAAAAGAGGAAUAUCAGAGAAGACGAAAAAGUCUUUAGUCGCAAAAGCAAAAAGUCAUAAAAGGCAAAAAGAAUUAGCCGUUAGGAAAAAACUGAUGAAUGCAUUGAAUAUUGUCAUACCAGACCCCCUCAGUCAUGUCAGUGGUGCUGGUCGAAGUAGUAGUUCUCAAGAAGAAGGAGAUGAGGAUGAAUCUAUUAAAUUAAGAAAACGUAGGAAGAUAUUGAGGAAGACCCGUGUUAAAAAACAGAAAGGUUUGCGAGACAAAAACCAUUCCAGAAGCCAAGUUUGCGUAGAUCCUCCUCCAUCAUCUGAUAUCCCUUCUAUCCAUGAUAAUCCUAAUAGGAUAUCAGACAUAAUGCAUGAAAUUGAAGAUAUCAUGGAAUCAAGUCUAAAAUCACCGACAUAUAUGGAAGAUAGUUCAUCUUGUAGUGAAAUGGGUAAGGAAGCUGUUAUGAUGAUGGAAAAUCGAGGAGCAAAUAUGGAUCCCGAUUAUUUCGCUGUAGGUUCAAAAAGACACAUUCUUGAAAUGUUAAGUGGUGAAGAAGCCGAAAUGGAAGGAGAUAAUGACGGUAGUUAUUCAUCGCGGAUGAGCAACAAGAGUGAGAAAAACAUGGCCGAUUUCGAUGGUGAGGAUUCUGGUUGCGAGGAGGAAUUAGUACAACUGGCAGUUCAUGUGCAAAUGAAGGCAAUGUCUAGUCAGUCUUCACCUGACAAAUCUCCAGUCAGGGUAGAUCCAUGUUUAUCAUCGAAUUUCAAAGCAGAUAAUGUUUGCGUACCAGGAAACACAUUGCUUUGGGAUCUUCUACAAGAUGAUAAAAUUGGACAAUUAGGUGAAGGAUUGGCUUUGGAAGCAGAAAAAACACUUUGCAAUUUAAUUUGUUACACUCCCGACAAAGAAAUCCGAAUGAAAUUCAUUGAAGGAUGCUUGAAAAACUUGGAGAAUCAUUGUUCGGUAGUAGUGUCACUGCGAAUGCUGCCAAAAUUGCUCACUUCAUUCAGAGGCAUGGAUAUGCAUAAUGUGACUCAUUGGGCUGAGAAGCAACAUCACAUGAUGAAACAUUUUUUCAAUGAUUUGAAAGUGUAUACAUCAAAACCUGUGAAUUCUCUGCCAUUGUAUUCGCAUAUAAUGCAAAUUCAAGUGAGAUUGCACUUUCUGUCUGCAGUUUUUUCGCCAGUUGUGUCCCCAAGUUCAUUCAAUUUCUUGUCACCUCAGGAUAGACCAGAAAUGAACCUCAAUCAACUAUACCCACCUGUUUCUAGAUUUUAUUUACAUUUGGAGGAGACGCCUAAUCUCAAACUCAGUAUUGAACAAGUGGAUACCCUAUGGGAGUGCCUUGCCCAUGAUUCAGAAUGUUCAGAUGAACUCUUCAGUUGGCUGCUAUCUCAGACCAAGACCAAUGAACUGCAUGCGCUGAAGGUUGAUGCUUUGAGGCGAUUAUAUAUUCAUCAUCUACCUAGCUUACCUCUAGAAAAAUACAGCAUGAUAUGUUUGAGCCUUUUUCAACAUCUAUGCAGCCUUAACAACUUUUUGAUGGUUAAAGAUAGGGACAGCUCUAAAAAUGGUCACAAUGUUGGUAUGGAUCAUAUGUGGAAAAUAGCUUUAAGAGCUACUAAUACAGAUGUGAGCAUGGCAGCCAUGCAGUAUAUAAACAGUUAUUACAUAGGUCACAAUUUACAACAUGAGGGACAAUUCAUGCGACAGUGUAUGACUCAUUUGCAAGCUGCUACUGAAGAUUUAAUUUCAUCAGGAACAGGUGUAGAAGAUCCACCUUUAUUAUGCAUCCAAAGAGCACUACUAUUGAUGAAGAGUCAUUUAGACGCUUUCAAAAGGAGGUAUGCUUACCAUCUGAGAAAAUGGGCUCUAGGGGGCAAGGGAAUAGGCAGUCAUUCAGCUAAUUUAGGAGAUAAAUCUGGCAGUCCCAUAAGGCUAGUUAUACAAUCAGGUAGUUCUACUGAAAGAUGUUUUCUAGAUUUAUCGAGUUCAGAUUACGUGGCCGAGUUACGGGCAGAAAUUGUGAAUUGGUGUGAAAGUUUGUCUCAAAUGAAGAACCCAGAUUCGGAUAAUACGACAGUUAGAAGUGGAGAAACAUGGAUUAGAAUAAUAACACAAGGCCAAGAAUUGACCGUUGAUUGUGAUGAAAAAACACUGGGGGAUAUGGGUUUCAAAGAUAAUCAGAUGAUAUAUAUCUCAGUUGGUGUUUCAAGAAAUAUGAAGAAAAAGGAGUAUAUGGACUCUCCUUCAAUGCAACCUCCUCCACCAAGAGAAUCUAUACCGGCUCUUUUAUUAUUACAGCCAAAUUACUUUGAACAACUUUUUUCCCUAAUGCACACUUUGAGUUCUAUGAAAACACAAAUCAAGGGAGGGAGACAUGUUCCUCACACAAAAGGUCAAGUGCUCAGUAGGAGAGUUUGGGAUAUUUUGAGCUUAUUACCUACAAGUCCUACACUUCUUAGUGGUUUUCAAAAAUUGGACACGCCUCUAAAUGAGUUAUUAAAUCCGUCCAGUGCACAAAAGUUAAUGUAUUCUCUUUAUAUAAUCGAAUCUCUCAGUGCCAAUAAUACACAUUUGAGAGGCAAUGAAAAAGAAGAAAAUCAGCACUCUUGGUGCCACAAAUUCAUUCAAUAUGGGGGCUUGAGGCAUUUGUUCGACAUAUUCAAGUCUGGUGUUCUACAGAGAGACGGAGGGGAUGGGUGUGAAUGGCAGCAAGACUGCUUAGCAUCUUUGUUGAAGACUUUGUACCAACUCGGAGUUGAACAGUGGAUUUCUGAAAUGAGACAAACAAGAACCGAAAAAGUUGUGAUACCAAACCUCAACGAAGCAAUGAUAAGUAUGAUGGAUGUAAAAACAACUUUGCCGCAAUUGACUAGUAUUCUUGAGGAAGCAUCUUUACCGAAAGAUCUCAAUCAAUACAAAACAGGGCUAUGGGGAAGAUCUCAAGUAGUACACUAUGCGUUAGGUCUUUUAGUAUCGUGGUUGCAUUCCAGUGAAGAAGCACAAGAAGCACUUUUCACCAUGCCAAAUUUCUCCACGUGGUUGAAAAGAUUGGUUUUGGAAGAUCCGGAGCCAGCGGUGAGGAGAGAAACUUGUUCAGCUAUUUAUAAAUUGUGUUUGGGCAUUCCAGCUACAUCAAACAAUCCAGAAUUCACUUUAGUGGCACCUAUGUUAGUGAAACUCCUUCUUUUUCUGGAAAUUGCAGAAAAUAUGAGACCUACAAAAAAUGAGAUGCAAGUUGCAGAAGAUGGCAAAGAACCUUAUGGACCCGCAUGCAGAGAUUACUUCUGGUUAGUUUCACGACUCAUUGAUGGUUUGCCUGAAGAAUUAAUCAAGGAGAGCAUUGAAGAUCCCCAAAAUUGCAUUAUAGAUAUAAAUAACCUUUGUGCUAAAAUGGCCAAAUCCUUAUUGAACAGGGAAUUUUUAGAAACUAGACAUAGGACUGUGGACGAUGAUGGUCUAAUUGGCCUGUUGAAUCUUUUAACUAAUCUGAUUAGAUUUAAACCUCCCUUUCAAACAAGUAAGGCUGGACAAGAGCUUCUCAAUGAGGUAUUCGAAUUUCUCUUUGCUCUGCCUACUCCAAAAUUGAGGCACGUACCAAAGUGCAAAUCAGCGCGAGCACGUUCAUCCGCAUUCGACCUGUUAGUUGAAUUUGUUAAGGGAUCUCCUGAAAACUACGCAAUUCUUCAUGAGAAACUGUUGAAGCAACAUCAACCAGGUCCACAUUCCCCAUAUCCUUGGGAUUAUUGGCCUCAUGAAGAUGGAAGAUCAGAAUGUGGAUAUGUUGGGUUAACCAAUCUUGGGGCUACAUGUUACAUGGCUUCUUGUAUGCAACAUCUUUAUAUGAUGCCACAAGCAAGAGCGUCAAUUCUGGAAGCAGACACAGACCAAGCCAAGCAUGAAAAUACAUUGAAAGAAUUACAACGAAUGUUCGCUUACCUCUUGGAAAGUGAAAGAAAAGCCUAUAAUCCAAGGAGUUUCUGUAAAGUUUAUACAAUGGACCAUCAGCCUCUGAAUACUGCUGAGCAGAAAGAUAUGGCCGAAUUUUUCAUUGACUUAGUUAGCAAACUAGAGGAAAUGACUCCUCAAUUAAAGAGUGUGAUCAAAAAGCUGUUCUGUGGUAUAAUAAGCAAUAAUGUUGUUAGUUUGGAUUGUGAUCAUGUUAGCUGUACAUUGGAAGAAUUUUAUACUGUACGCUGUCAAGUAGCAGAUAUGAGAAAUUUAUAUGAAUCUUUGGAUGAGGUCACUGUUAAGGAUACAUUAGAAGGAGAUAAUAUGUAUACAUGUUCACAGUGUGGCAAAAAAGUUAGAGCAGAGAAAAGAGCUUGUUUUAAGAAAUUACCCCAAAUUUUAUGUUUUAAUACUAUGAGGUACACUUUCAAUAUGCUGACGAUGCUUAAAGAAAAAGUAAAUACUCAUUUCUCUUUUCCUAUGAGAUUGAAUAUGGCGGGAUAUACUGAGAAAGAAUUGAUGACACAACAAUAUAAAGAAGAAAAGGCUAAACAAACUGAACAUGAACCUGAGCAGUACGAGUAUGAUCUCAUUGGAGUGACUGUACAUACAGGUACUGCAGAUGGUGGACAUUAUUAUAGUUUUAUUAAGGACCGCAGUGCUGGAUCUAGGGAUAAAUGGUUCCUCUUCAAUGAUGCAGAAGUUAAACCAUUUGAUCCAAAUCAAAUAGCAGCGGAGUGCUUCGGUGGUGAAGUAACAAGUAAAACUUACGAUAGUGUGACUGACAAGUUUAUGGAUUUCAGCUUUGAAAAAUCUAAUAGCGCCUACAUGCUUUUUUAUGAACAGAGUCCUGUGAUAAAUUGUGAUAGUGCAGAAUCUGCAUCCUCUACUUUAGAAUCUAAUGAAAAUUUAUAUUUACAAGCUUCGAGUACUAGUGUCACAACAACGCCUAGUACACCCGUCACACCAACUUUGGAAUUGAGUAAAGAACUUGAAAACUGGAUUUGGCAAGAUAACAUGCAUUUUAUACAAGAUAAAAACAUAUUUGAGCACACCUACUUCAACUUUAUGUGGCAAAUAUGUGGCUACAUACCUCAGACGAUAUUGCCAGUAGAACCCAAUAUAACUCAGAAAGCAACCCAGUUAUCUACUUCUUUCUUCAUCGAAACUUUCAUUCAUGCCAAAGAGAAGCCCACAAUGGUGCAAUGGGUGGAAUUAGUGACAAAACAAUUCAAUGCUUGCCAGGAAGCUUGUGUUUGGUUCUUAGACCACAUGUCGAAAGAUACAUGGUGGCCAGUACAAGUUUUAUUGAAAUGUCCUAAUCAAAUGGUUAGACAAAUGUACCAAAGACUAUGUAUACAUGUGAUACAAAGGCUCAAGCCUACUCACUCGCCUCUGUAUCUGCAAAUCGAUGAUGAUGUUCCUGAAGAUGAGAGAGAUAAUGUUGAUGCUGCAAAGAUAGGAAAUGCGUCUUGUGUAACAAGAUUCAUUAAAACUUUAUUAUCACUUAUGGAACAUGGUGCUAAAGCUCAUCUCAAACAUUUAACUGAAUAUUUCGGUUUUUUGUAUGAAUUCAGUAAGAUGGGUGAUGAAGAAUGCAAAUUUCUCCUAGCUGUAGGCGCUAUUAGCACAACAGUGAACUUUUAUUUAGGACAGAAAGCAAAUGAUUUCGUUGAUGUCAGUGAAGGAGAGGAAGAAGAAGAGAUGAUCGCAUUACCAACGGACAAAUAUAAACCUGCAUCUUUAGAUAAAAUGAUAACUCUGAUCGCUUCUUUGGUUGAAAAAAGUAGAGAUAGCAAUAUGAAAAUAAACUUAAGUGAAAAUGAUUAUGAGGCGGUAGCAACAGGCAAAGGGUUUCCAUUUCUAUAUCAACAAAUAAAGGACAAUAUAAACCUUCAUCAAACAAGGAAUCUUAUUCAUUCCUUAAGUCGGAACAAUAAUUCACUGGCUCAAUCAAUAAUAUCUAUGAUUUCACAGGCGAUUUCACGUCAUUCAGAGACUUGUCAACCAUUCUUCAAAAUACUGACACUGCUUACUGAAACAACUUCCAUAGCGGCCAGUUCUUCCUCAAGUCAACCAUGUUUCACACAGCUAGUACUUCAGAAAGUCUGGGAGGCAGCGGAGAGUUGUCCAUAUUCUGCUUUAGAUUGGUUGGCCUUGCAAGUCACAAGAAAUCGGUUGGUGCAUCAAUGGGUGCUAGGUUCAAUGGAUUCUUGGUUAGAGCAUUACUUGAUUGCACACAAUAACCAGAGGGUUAGAAAUGCUGCCGGAUAUUUGUUGGUUUCGUUGGUUCCCAGUACGCCUUUCAGACAAGGCUUUCGAGCAACACAUCAUCGUCUACAAAGGGAGGCACAACUUACUCCUGAAGCACAGGUUGUUUUACAUCAAAUUUACACAGGUCUUUUGAGGCUGUUGUUAGGGGCAAAACAUUACACUGAUAUGCAGCAACAUGGUACCAUGAAGCUGACAACUUAUUUUGCCCUUUUGAUGUAUUGUUGCAUUGGACGUACUGAGAAAUUAUUGUUCGGUCAGUACUUCAUUCAGUUGUGGCAUUUAUUCCAUCCAAAACUGUCGGAGCCAUCAAUACCUGCAUAUCACAAUAAGCAAGCGCUUCUAGCGUUUUGGAAUCAUGUUUGUACUGAUUGCCCAGAAAACGUACAACUCAUGUUACAGAAUGCACAUGUUACGAAAAAUAUAGCCUUCAACUAUAUUCUGGCUGAUCAUGAUGAUCAAGAAAUUAUAAUGUACAACAGAGCCAUGUUACCAGCGUACUAUGGAAUACUCAGAAUGAUGUGCCAACAAUCAAAAGUUUUUACAAGACAUUUAGCUCAACAUCAAAAUCUUCAAUGGGCAUUCAAAAAUAUUACACCGCACCCAACACAGUAUCCACAGGCCGUAGAUGAACUAUUCAAAUUGAUGCAAUUAAUGGUAUUGAAACAUCCUGAAACAACAGAAGUAGAACAAAGAGAAAUUUGUAGUUUCAGAAGAAAUACUUUAAUGACUUACCUACAAUGUUUAGAUGGUAGGACCAGUUGGGGAACUCUUAUAUCGGCUUUCAAAAUUCUUUUGGAAUCCAAUGAUGAUAAACUCUAUGUUGUGUACAAUAGAGGACUGCAGAUCGUUUUUGAAAGCUUCCAAAAUUUACAUGUAAUGUUGCACGAAGCCACAGCAUGUCAUGUAUCUGGAGAUUUACUAGACAUAUUAUCCAUAAUGCAAGACUUGAUUAGGUGUAUAAGAACAUAUAGAGACAGUAAGGAUGCAAGAGGAAUUAUAUUAGCUAGUAAAGAUUGGAUAGAAGUGAUAAGUAAAUUGGCAACUUUACUCAAUACCUACAACCCCUCUGAACUCCGAUGUUUAUGUAUUGAUGUUUUGAAAGAAUUCAUUCUUAUUAUGCCCUCCGAUGCCUUGACAAUUUUAGUACCCUUAUUGUCACAUUGCCACUCAGCAUUUCAAGAUAACCAGGACGCUGUACCUUUGGGUCCUUACUUUCCUAGGAGAGGACACACAAUACCAGUUGUUGCAGGUAAAGGAGGAGCAAGACCACUUCGACCUAUGAUACAAAUGACUGUGCCACAUAAUCAACUAGAAUGUAGUCGGGGUAUUGAUUCAGAAUAUGAUGAAGCUUUGGACAAAUUCUAUACACCAUAUCAUGAAUUCAUAGAUGUGUUGUUCAGACUGGCAGUCAACAAUGACUCUGUUACUGAGCCAUUAGUUAACUUAAGUGCUGUUGUUGGAUUUGAAGCUGCACCGCUACACUACACGUUUUUUCCUAAAUUGUGGUUAGACAUAAUGAAUACACCUCAUUUAGAUCAAAAAUAUAUAACCACUUUGACAACAAGUAAUUAUUUGAUUGAUUAUGUUGAUGCUAUAUUGCUAGAUGAGAGAAUUUCCCUUACCAUUGAUGUAAUUUAUAAUUUCCUUGUUGCUGUAUUUCCAAAGAUUUCUGAACAUGUUUUAACAGAACAAACAUUAACCAUGAUUGAUAAUACCGUAGUAACAUUGAGCGAACAAGUUUCUUCUUUGGAUAUCCAAAAAACCGCACAAAGGCUCUCUGGUGAUCUCAGAGCUCUCAUUUUAGUAUACAACAGUCCUGAAGCUGUUCCUCCUCCUUUAUUGAAAUCUACGUUGAAGCAAUUGCAAACAAGGGUCACAGAAGAAUUGGGAGAACUGCAAUCCAAAGAACUAACCACCACUAAGAAGAAUGAUGAACCUCUGCCAAGCACCUCAAGAGACAUGAAAUCUGAAAACUCUCAGGUAGAAAAGUCGAGUACAUCGAGAUGCGACAGUGAUAGUAAUACAAUGAAUAGUUCCGAUGAAAGCAACAAAAAACAACCCAUCUCUACUGUUAAUGUGAAAUUAUUGAACUCGGUUAUUAAAGAUCUCCUAGUAGUGGUUGAUAAAAAACUUUGAAAUUUUUAUUAUAAAUGACCUGUGUAUUUUCUGAAUGUUACUUGUAGAACAAUAUUUUUUCCUUAUCUUCUACUCUUUAUCGAAUAUAUUGAAUUCAAAUUGUAUAGUAAAGCUUUAAAUUAUGAAAUCCUAUGGAAUAUUAUAAAUGCAGGGUUUUUUUUCAUAUUUUGUCACUAGUAUUAAGGAUGAAAAAAUAUGUUAUGCUUUUAAUUAAAAUUCUACCAUAUAACUGUUCCAUAAGACUGUUAAAAUAAAGUAUGUCUUUUUGU